AUGCGGCAGAAACGCAAGAUUGAGAGACUUCUCCCCCCAACCACAGACGAGUACUCGUUUCAAGCGAGAGCCUCUCUUAUGAAGGAGCAGGAAUUCAGAGAGUGGGCAGACCGGGAGAGGCGCAUCAAAGAGCUGCAUAAGGAAGCUGUGCAGGCUAUCAAGACAGAUGCAAAGCGGAUAAAAACGCUACGGCGCAUGUGGCAACAGCGUGUUGCCAUGGAAAGCCUCAUGAAUCCACAAAGAUGGAAGGCAAUCAGCGACAGCUCCAAAAGGGCGUCAGAUAUGUUUGCUCCUCGGUCGAUGAAGGGAUACAUCCCUGGUGAUCCUUACGCUUCGCUGCAGAUCACCCCUUCAGCUCUGAAGGCUCUUGAGGAAACGGCCACCCGUCUUCGGCAAGAAGCUGUCCGGGAACAGGCAGAACGGGAUCGCGGAAACACACAAGGCCUCGAAGCAGCCAGCGCCAUGCUGCAGUUGACGGGUUCGCAGUCGCGUACUGUGACGGAUGCCAGCGUGUCCCUCAAAAAAUUCCACAUUCGUAACAUACGAGAGAGACCCGAGACCCCGCGGGUCGAGGAGGUGUUGCCGGAGGAUGAAGCGGUUCAGGUCGCAGCAGUUCUUCUGCAGCGAGUGCUACGGGGACAAACUUGCCAACAGCGAAUGUUUGCAGGCAAACAGAUGAGGCUGGACCUCAUCAACUUCCUCCGUGCUGCUGAGCAACUGAAAGACGUGCCGGUGGAGGACCAACAAGUUCAAGCUAUCGGCGAAACCACCGAGGAAGCAGCCGAAGUGCUCAUGGCAUCGAUUCAAGGACAGGCUAUCUCCGAGACGCUGGAUGAGCUCGCGAAAGAACUCCGGAAGGUGGAAGAGGAACGACGGAUUGCUGCGAUGGUUAAUCUGGCUGAACGAGACCGGAGGAUGCGAGAGGCACAAGAGUCUGGCACUCGCCAGGCUGAGGAACUCCUCCGCGCUCGAGAGGAUGAAACAUUCAAGCGCGUCAUGACUCUGCAUCACCAGACAGUUGACUCUUACGUCGAAGACAUACUUACAGCCUCCGUGGAGCAAGCAGCGAAGCAGCAAGUAUGA